UCCCCGAUCGUCGGACGACUAGGUUCUUCGGAAUGUGUACCUUACUUCACUAUAUGGUUGGUACUUACCUCUUGACCAUUGGUUCAGCUAACUUAGAAAGUGUUCAACUUCUGGAAUGUCCUAAAAUCAUCGACGGUUAUUAUCCGUUUUGCGUUUGUAACCAAGAGCUAACCUACGACAUCAAUGGCACCAUUAACAACUAUCCGAACUGUACGUGUCAACACAAAAACUUCGAUUUCUUCAUCACUUUGAACGAGAGGCCUAAUUGUAACUGCAACCCGGAAGUUUAUGGUUUAAGCAAAAUAUUUUUUGAGUGUAUUGCUUGCCCUAAAGACAGCACUCGUCAAUAUCUCGAUUGUUCCUGUGAUGACGAUAGCCAUGCCUAUGAAAUUAUCAAAAAAAAUUGUGAAAGAUGUGAGGACGGAAGCUAUGGAAAUUUUCCGAAUUGCACUUGUCCCGAUGGAGCCACAUACAACUUAAACUCUCGACGUUGCGUGCCUGAAUCACAAAAUGGCUCGAUACAUUGUCCAUUUGGAAGCGAGGGCAACUAUCCGAAUUGCACUUGCCAAGGUGACGGAAUCUACAGCGAAUUAGCAAACAUUUGCAUUGAAUGUCCUUACAAUAGUACCGGUACCUAUCCAAACUGUACGUGUCAACACAAAAACUUCGAUUUCAGCAUCACUUUCAACGAGUGUUUUCGAGUUUGUCCCGACAAUAGCACCGGUUACUGGCCUAAUUGCAACUGCGACUCAAAUGGCUAUGGCUUCAACAAAGAAUUAUUCGAAUGUAUCGCUUGUCCCAAAGGCAGUACUGGUCAAUAUCCCGAUUGUAGUUGUGACGAUGAUAGUGCCGUCUAUCGAAGGACCAACAAUUUUUGUGAAGGAUGUGAACAGGGAAGCUACGGAAAAUUUCCGAAUUGCACUUGUCCCAAUGGAGCCACAUACAACUUAAACUCUCGACGUUGUGUGCAUGAAUCCAAAAAUGGAUCGAUACAGUGUCCGUUUGGAAGCGAUGGCAACUAUCCGAAUUGCACUUGCCAAGGUGACGGAAUCUACAACGAAUUAGCCAACAUUUGCAAUGAAUGUCCUUAUCAUAGUACCGGUGUCUAUCCGAACUGUAUCUGCAAGUUUGAUGGAACUUACAACCGAACAAGGAACGUUUGCAAUAUCUGUCCGUUCAAAAGUGAUGGAGCGUAUCCGAACUGUGUGUGCCAAGGUUACCGCAGUACAUACGUGUUGGAUUCGAAUUGGUGUUACAGUUGUCCAACUUUGAGCACUGGAACAUAUCCAAAUUGUGAUUGUGAACAGUCGUUCCAGUAUUUUCAAGAAACAAACAGUUGUGAGCGUUGUCCGGAAAAUAGUGCGGGCGUUUAUCCGCAUUGCGAAUGUUACAACGGAUACUUCAGCCACACUCAUAGGAGUUGCAUUGAGUGUCCAUCAGACGCUACCGGUUUAUAUCCCGCUUGUAAAUGCAAAGAUGAAAAUUCAAAAUUCAGCGCGUUCAUCAACCAAUGCUAUCGUGAGUGUCCAGGGAAUAGUUCAGGAAUUAAGCCUGAUUGCAUAUGUGACCGAGAAUGCGAAGAAUAUUAUGAUGCCGUCGAUGUGGAAUGUAAAAGCAACAUUGGGAGGAUGUGUCCAUCCGACAGCAUUGGAACUGGUCCAGACUGCUUGUGUGUGAGAAAAAAUCGGUAUUUUGAUUCAUACGUCUGGCAAUGUGUUGAAAGAGGGCUGUAUUGUGUUAGUUUGCCUAUCUUUCGCUGUCCAGAUAAUAAUGGCAAAUGGCCACAAUGUGAAGCAUCAAUCGAUUUCAACGUACAUAUUAGGUAGCGCACAGUGCGUAGUUGAUUAAAAAUUUGUAUCGAUCAAUGCAAUAAAGUUGUGCUUGAUAUUGAAACACCAAUUAAGUGUUGAAAUGUCG